GUAUUGAUUGGUUUUGAUUUCUAAUGAUGUUCUUGUUUUUGCUUGAAAGUUCAAAGUAGAGGAGUGAUGAGGGAAAAACUUUAAGUUGGAGUUUAACUUCAGAUUUUGGAACUGUGUGUGUGUGUGAUCUGUUUGUGUUUGUAUGUAUAGCUGGGGAAGUGAGAUUAUGCUUUUGGAAUGGAACAACUUAAUCGAAUAAGUUCAACCAUCUUCUGUAACUGUGGUGUUGUCUGUUUGUGUGAGGAAUCCUGACUUUGCUGAUAAACUGAUAGUGUGUUGAUUGCUCUGAAGCACAAACUCUGACAUAGGCACCGGAACAUAGUACAGACACAAACAGAUCGCACACACACAGUUCCAAAAUCUGAAGAAAUGUAUAAGAAAUUCCUGUUUGGAGGACGGUUGAUAUUUGGGCCUGACGCUAAGUCAUUGCUUAUCAGUUUGGUGCUGGUCAUAGUUCCAGUUAUCAUCUUUUGCAUAUUUGUAGCAAGACAUCUUCGGCAUGAAUUUUCUUCAUAUAAUGCAGGAUAUGCUAUUUUGGUGGUAGCAGUUAUCUUCAAUAUUUAUGUGUUGAUACUUCUCUUUCUUACUUCUGCACGCGAUCCGGGCAUUAUUCCAAGGAAUUUACAUCCGCCUGAGGAAGAUUUCCGUUAUGACUCGUCCGUUUCUAUUGACAUCGGGGGGCGGCAAACACCAAGCCUUCAGUUCCCCCGAACAAAGGAGGUAAUGGUCAAUGGCCUUCCUGUAAGGGUGAAGUAUUGCGAUACCUGUAUGCUGUAUCGUCCUCCUCGUUGCUCACAUUGUUCCAUCUGCAACAAUUGUGUUCAACGUUUUGAUCAUCACUGCCCUUGGGUUGGACAAUGCAUUGGACUGAGGAACUAUCGUUACUUCUUUAUGUUUGUUUCUUCGGCAACUCUUCUAUGCAUCUAUGUGUUUUCAAUCUCAGCUUUUUACAUCAAGGUUCUGAUGGAUCAUAAUCAUGGGACAGUGUGGAAGGCAAUGAAAGAAUCCCCUGCAUCUGUUAUAUUAAUGGCAUAUUGUUUCAUUGCUCUGUGGUUUGUUGGUGGACUAACUGGCUUUCAUUUGUACCUUAUUGGUACAAACCAGACCACCUAUGAAAACUUCCGAUACAGAGCAGAUAGCAGGAUCAACGUUUACAAUCAGGGCUGUAUAAAUAACUUUCGCGAAGUCUUUUGUACAAAAGUGCCGCCUUCAAAAAACAACUUUCGAGCUCUUGUUCAAGAAGAGGUACAGAGGCAACCUCCUCAAGUCGUUACCCAGGAACCAGAAUCAGAUACGGGAGGAGAUCAUCGUUCUAAGGUUGAAGAUGAUCUAGACAUCGGUGAAGACCUAUUGAAGAUAUCACAGCGCCGGAAUAUUGAAGGUUUUGAUGAAGAAAUUCGGAGUAGAGGGAGCAAUGGACCUUACCAUACUUCUGAAGGUGAUUCAGUUUUGGGCUCAGAUCGUCGAGCUCCAACAGUUCGAUCGGACGAAAGGCACUCAAGCCGGAGAAGAAGCGAAAGCUGGGAAAUUGAGCCAGAUGUACUUGCCAAUUCAAAUGUAACUGAAACUAGAAGCUAUGUUUCUUCGCGACAAUGAUUUCAGUUUUUUUGAUGUUUGCACAACAUAUCAACUUUAGGUGAUAUGGUUUACUUAUAUAUAUAAAAAAGUUGGAAUAGAAAAUACUUUCUUCAUCAGAGGUUACCAUUAUAGGAAUGUGAAUUAAAUUGAUUGAGGCAUUAAGUAGAGAAACUUGUUUGACAUUUUUUUAGUAAUCUUGGCUCUGGUGGAAAAGUAUAGGAAUGUGUUUGUUCAA